AUGGCAGAUAGAUACUCUUUUUCUUUAACGACAUUUUCUCCUAGUGGAAAGCUUAAGCAAAUUGAGCAUGCAUUGGCUGCAGUGAACCAGGGUGUGACAUCCCUAGGCAUUAAGGCUACCAAUGGUAUAGUUCUUGCGACGGAAAAGAAGUCGAACUCUGUGCUGGUGAAUCCCGAUUUUACAGACAAGAUAGUGAAAGUUACUCCGGAUAUCGGCAUGACGUAUUCGGGAAUGGGACCUGAUUUUAGAGUGUUGUCUGAUAAAUCGAGAAAGGUGGCACAUACUAAAUAUACGAGGAUUUACAACGAAUACCCUCCUACAAAGAUUCUUGUUUCAGAUAUUGCUCAGGUAAUGCAGGAAGCCACUCAGAGUGCCGGUGUCAGACCCUAUGGAGUUUCUCUCCUAGUGGGUGGCCAUGACGAAGGAAAUGGAUUUAUGCUAUACCAGGUGGAUCCUUCAGGUUCGUACUUUCCUUGGAAAGCUACUGCUAUUGGAAGGGGUUCAAAUGCGGCCAAAACGUUUCUUGAGAAAAGAUGGAACGAAGAAUUGGAGUUGGAAGAUGCAAUACAUAUUGCAUUGCUUACGUUGAAAGAGUCCAUCGAAGGAGAGAUGAAUGGAAAUACUGUGGAGAUAUGUGUCAUAGGUAAUGCUAAUGAUAGUUUGCUUGGUUUUAAAGGAGUUGCGGGAAUUAAUGGACCUCGUUUCAGAAAGCUCACGCCUCAGGAAGUCGAUGAUAGAUUAGAUUCGUUGUAG